AUGAGAAAAUUGGCACAAAGAGAACAUUCAAUAGGCAGACCAAGUGGUGGUCUUUUAACAGCUGUUAAUAAAAAGCACUCCGUUUUGCUGAUCGACGCUUCACCAUGGUGGAUCUUAAAGGAAAUCAAGCUUGGAGCUUCAACAAUCAUACUUGGGUCUGUAUACUUCCGUAAAUGUUUAGACCUUCAUUAUUUAUUAGAUACGUUGCAGGAUAUUAUCGACGACAUCAGAGCAACGCGUAAUUUUGACAUCUUUAUUAUUGGUGGUGACAUGAACGCCAAAGUUGGUCUACUAAAUCCCUGGCCAGCCGACCUCUUCACUGGAUCUCAACUACAUGACACUUUUUGCACUACGGAUGAUACUACGUGUGAAAGAGGCCGGAUGAUCACGGAUUUCAUGGUCGAAAACGACUUUGUGCUCAUUAAUGGAAGGUCAACCAGCGACAGCCCUGCUCAACCAACGUAUGACAACCUAGGUUCAUCAAUCAUUGAUCUUGUGUGGACUGAUAUUUCUUCCUUGCAUCUUAUAAAGGAUCUUGAGGUUCUCUUAGAGCCAUCUCUGUCGGAUCAUCACCCAGUUUGCCUAAGCAUUUCAUUGGAAGCCAUUCUCCACACAGAAGAAGAGUUGAAAACAAGAGAUUCGGGACUCAGUAAAAUUAAAUGGGCUGAAAGUGCCGCUGAUCAGUACCGAGAACACCUAUCAAACCGACUGACUUCUAUGGAUGCUCAGACCCUCUCUACAGAAAAAUUUCAGGCACUUUUACACGAUCACAUGUUCUCCGCUGCUACCAGUGCUAAUCUGGUCGUUAGAUUCGGCUCCACUGCGCGCAACUGGACUCUCCGCAAUCCCUGGUUUGAUGCAAGUUGCAAGGUAGCACGAAGUGAACUGCGAAAGGCCAUGAAAAAUCUAAAAAAAGACAGGAGUAACGCUGGUCUCAGGAACGAAGUCACCCUAAACAAGAAAAAAUACCGAGAAGUCUGUAAUGCUAAGAAAAAGGAUCAUGUAGAUUCCAUCAAAACGGCGUUCGAUAACGUAAAAGCUCCGUCCGAGUUUUGGGCGGCCGUCAGGAAGUUCAGCUUUAAACACGGCUCUAACUCGGAAAUUUCUAUCACCAGCUGGAACAAUUUUUACUCAGCGAUUUCCAAGCCAAGAUCUAUUUCAGCAUUCGUACCGCAUAACUGUACCAAUGAAACCUUGGACGCGGAAAUCUCGAUUGGAGAACUCAAUCGGACACUAAACUCACUAAAAGCUGGUAAAGCGGCAGGUCCCGACCUACUAACUAACGAGCUGUUUAAGAACUUACCAAUGCAACACAAAGAACUCCUAAGAGACCUAUUUAAUAGAGUACUCAUUGAAGAAAGAGUUCCGAAAAGCUGGGCAAAGAUUUGGUUGACAAUGCUGCAUAAAAAAGGGGCCAAGAACGACCCAAAUAAUUAUCGAGGGAUUGCCCUUAUCAAUAUAGUCACCAAAAUCUUCACAAAUACUCUAAAAAAACGCUUAGAUUUAUGGAUGGACAAAGAGAAUGCUUUACCCGACUCUCAGAUGGGCUUUAGAAAAGGCCGAUCCUGCACGGAUGCUAUUUUCACGCUUCGUAGUGCUAUACAAAUCCAAUUCCGACACAACGACGGCAGAGAAAUCUACGGAAUCUUCGUUGACUUCCAAAGAGCGUUCGAUUCUGUACCCCAUGCACGGCUCUGGCAAAAACUCCAAGCUCUUGGGGUCAGCAGUAAGUUUAUAAUGACAAUUAAAUCUUUGUAUGAUCAAGCGUCGAUGCAAGUAAGAUCCAAGGAAGGACUAUCGGACGAAUUUGAAGUCUCUGAAGGCGUAUUGCAAGGCGAGUCAUUAAGCCCAGAUCUUUUUCUGUUAUACUUGCAUGAUAUGGAGGAUUUCUUUCGCUCCAAGGGACUCUACGGGCUGGAUAUUAAUGGUGUUGUAGACAUUCUUUUGCUCCUAUAUGCGGAUGACACAGUUAUCUUCGCUCAUUCACAAAUUGACCUCUUACGCAAACUCAGGGCCCUCGAAGAGUAUUGUGAUCUAAACCAGCUAACGGUGAAUAAAGCAAAGACAAAAAUCUUAGUCUUCAAGGCAGCUGGGAGAAUACGCGACUGUCCUUGUCGUUACAGAACCUACAAGCAGUCUUGUCUGGAACUGGUCAAAAGUUAUACCUACCUUGGAGUUGAGAUUUCUACAUCAACUAGGGGUCUCACUGCCUUGAACUCAGCCAAUAAUAAGGCCAAGUGUGCUGCUGGAGCGGCUAUGUCUUUGCUAGCAAAAGCCAAGUGUGAUUCAUGGAGUGCGCAUAUGAAGAUUUACAACUGUAUGGUCUCGUCGGUAUUUUUGUAUGCUAUACCAGCCUGGGGUCUCUGGUAUAGAAAUUCAUUGGAACCUGCACAAACUUUCUUCUUCAAGAAAUUGUUCAAGUUGCCUAGAAACACGCCAGACUGGGCGGUGCGUUUAGAAUUUCGGCUCGACCCAGUUGCACUAAAGGCUAUGGGCUUUAUUUUGAGCUGGGUGAUAAAAACCUUAAAAGCAAAAGACAACUGUCUGCAUAAAGUAUGUCUGCUCCGACUUAUCAACUUAGCAAAAAACACCACUGCAUCAUCACCAUAUAACUGGGCAACUCAACUUAGAGACUUUCUGAUGGAAUGCGACGCUCUUGAUCUAUUCGAUUCUCUAGACCAUCAGCUUUGGGAAGCCAGAAGGGAAAAUAUACUUAAAAAAUAUCAAACCAUCCUGCACAGCGCAGACAUUACGGCUGCUCGGAACUCAUCAUCACUAGAAUUUCCACUCCAGCUACCAGACUCAUUCUCACCGACUGGGUACCUGGCGUUAAAGCUUCCACUCAACUGCAAACGCUUGAUAGCGCAACUGAGACUAUCAAAUAAGUACAACUGCUUCUUAAUAGUUAAUAACUUUCGAUCAAGUUUUAAUAGGAACUCUCCGUGUCAGCUUUGCAACUUGAAAGCACCAGAUAUUGUUGAGCAUCUUCUGGUUAGAUGUCCAUGCUUUUCAAGCUUCAGACACCACUUUCUACAAAACCUGCUGCGUAACGGCGAAUCUGCUUCCCAUCUUUUAUCUGUACCAGAUGCAAAAACGUUGUUUGCUAUUGUCAACUUCAUCACCAAGGCACUUCAACUCAGAGCCUGGGCUCUGUCAUUAUAA